GAGAGAGAGAGAGAGAGAGAGAGAGAGAGAGAGAGAGAGAGAGAGAGAGAGAGAGAGAGAGAGAGAGAGAUGGCUUCGCAGCAGCCAUUAUCGCAGGAGGCGAGCCAAACUCCAGGUCCUUCGAAAGGUAGGUUGGACAUUCGCGGGUUCUACGAGGAGGAGGUAACGGUGCUAAACGGUGGGAGUCAAGCGGAUGCUUACACCUUUCUAGAAUUGAACACUCAGGGUUCGGACUUCGAUUUCCCGGAGUAUCCCGAGUUGACGCAGGUUUCCCGCCCUUCUCAACAAUGGGCGGGAAAUGGUGUAGAGAUCAACGUAUCGGGGGUUGUGGAAGACGAAGUGGAGAGGAGGAUUGGCGGCGGCGGCGGCGGCGGCGGCGGCAGCGGCAGCGGCGGGGAAGAAGGCGCGGCGGGCGCGGGGCCGGGGGAAGUCGGCGGAGUUAACGGCGGGAGUAGCGGGGGGCCAGGUGGUGGCGGCUCUUCUUCCUCGACUUCUGCUGAUGCCUCCGCCUCUUGCGCUCAUCCCGACACCCUAUCCGAAGGCGUGUCGGGAUCUCAGACCGAAGUUAUUAACGGAGUUAUAACUAGCGGCGUGAGCGAAUUGAGUUUUGAUGAGACCGGCGACGAAGAGGCCUUGGAUUAUUACGCUAAACAUCGGGACCUCCCCGAUCACGCCUGCAAGUACUGUGCGAUUCAUAAUCCCGCAAGUGUGGUCAGAUGCAACGUACCUUCCUGUCGCAAGUGGUUCUGCAACUCCAGGGGCAACACCUCAGCCUCACAUAUCAUCAACCACCUCGUUAGGGCGAAACACAAGGAAGUGAGCCUCCAUCGAGACACGCCUCUGGGAGAGACGAUCUUGGAGUGCUACAACUGCGGGUGCCGCAAUGUCUUCUUACUGGGGUUCGUUCCGGCGAAGUCUGAGUCCGUGGUCGUGCUGCUGUGUCGCGAUCCCUGCCUGAGCGUGAAUGGUCUGAAGGAUAUGAACUGGGAUCUGAGUCAGUGGUUGCCACUGAUCGAUGAUGGAAGUUUCCGGGAGUGGCUGGUGAAAGUUCCGUCGGAACAAGAGCAACUGCGAGCCCGACAGAUCAGCGCGCAGCAAAUCAACAAGAUGGAGGAGUUGUGGAAGACCAAUCCAGAAGCGACCCUUGAGGAGCUUGAAAAGCCGGGAGUGGACGAUGAACCCCAGCCCGUAGCGCUGCGGUACGAGGAUGCAUACGAGUACCAGAACGUGUUUGGCCCGCUGGUGAAAUUGGAGGCGGAUUAUGACAAGAUGAUCAAAGAAUCCCAGACGAAGGAUAACAUCACAAUCCGAUGGGACAUGGGGCUGAACAAGAAACGAAUCGGCUUCUUCGUUUUCCCGAAGGAGGAUAACGAACUGAGGUUAGUACCGGGCGAUGAGCUGCGUCUGCGCUAUGGCGGCGACAGCACGCAUCCACCCUGGCAGUGCGUAGGCCACGUGGCAAAGCUGACGCCAGCAGAGGAGGUGGCUCUCGAGCUCCCGAGCAGCCAACAGAAUGUCCCCGCUGACGUCAACCAUAACUUCAGCGUGGAUUUCGUCUGGAAGAGCACCGGAUUUGACAGAAUGCAAGCCGCGCUGAAGACCUUUGCGGUGGACGAGACGAGCGUGAGCGGAUACAUCUACCACAAGAUUCUGGGGCAUGAGGUGGAACCCCAGAUCGUGCGCAACACGCUUCCCCGCCGCUUCGGCGCGCCGGGAUUGCCCGAGCUGAACCACUCCCAGGUCUACGCCGUGAAAAGCGUUCUCCAGAAGCCUCUGAGCCUUAUCCAGGGCCCACCUGGGACGGGAAAAACGGUGACUUCCGCUGCCAUCGUGUAUCAGCUUGCGAAGCAGAACCAGGGGCAGGUGAUUGUAUGCGCGCCGAGCAAUGUCGCCGUGGACCAGCUUGCGGAGAAGAUAAGUGCCACCGGUCUGAAGGUGGUCAGGCUGUGUGCCAAGUCCCGCGAGGCUGUCAGUUCCCCUGUUGAGCAUUUGACUCUGCAUUACCAGGUUCGACACCUAGAUUCCCCAGAGAAGAGCGAGCUUCACAAGCUCCAGCAGCUGAAGGAUGAACAGGGGGAGCUCUCCAGUGCCGAUGAGAAGAAGUACAAGGCCUUGAAGCGGUCAACCGAAAGGGAGAUUGCUCAGAGUGCCGAUGUCAUCUGCUGUACCUGCGUGGGCGCCGGCGACCCUCGGCUCGCCAAUUUCCGCUUUCGACAGGUACUUAUCGACGAGUCCACCCAGGCUACUGAGGUUGAGUGCCUUAUCCCCCUCGUCCUGGGAGCCAAGCAGGUGGUUUUGGUUGGCGAUCACUGCCAACUUGGCCCCGUUAUCAUGUGCAAGAAGGCCGCGAAGGCCGGUCUUGCUCAGUCCCUGUUUGAGAGACUCGUUCUGCUCGGUGUCAAACCUAUCCGUUUGCAGGUGCAAUACCGCAUGCAUCCCGCCCUUUCUGAGUUCCCCUCCAGCACUUUCUAUGAAGGGAGCCUGCAGAAUGGCGUCACCACGCACGAGCGGGCGCAGACGGGUGUCGAUUUCCCCUGGCCUGUGCCCAACAGACCGAUGUUUUUCUAUGUGCAGAUGGGUCAGGAGGAGAUCAGCGGCAGCGGCACGUCAUACCUGAACCGGACCGAGGCGGCGAACGUGGAGAAAAUUGUGACCACCUUCUUGCGAAGCGGAGUAAAUCCUAAUCAGAUUGGAGUAAUUACCCCGUACGAGGGGCAAAGGGCAUACAUAGUAAACCACAUGGCCAGGAACGGAUCGCUGAGGCAGCAGCUGUACAAAGAGAUUGAGGUAGCGAGUGUGGAUUCCUUUCAAGGACGAGAAAAGGAUUUCAUCAUCCUCUCGUGUGUGCGGAGCAAUGAACACCAGGGGAUUGGUUUCUUAAACGACCCUCGCAGGCUCAACGUGGCACUCACUCGCGUGAGAUAUGGUCUUGUGUUGCUCGGCAAUCCCAAGGUGCUGAGUAAGCAGCCACUGUGGAAUGCUCUUUUGUCCCACUACAAGGCCCACGAGUGCCUGGUGGAGGGGCCGCUGAAUAACCUGAAGCAGAGCAUGGUCCAGUUCCAAAAGCCUAAGAAGGUGUACAAUGAUCGCCGGGUUUACCCGGCUUUGAUGUCAGUUGUGGCUGCUGCUAUGGGACCCGGGGGGACGGAUAUGAGCAUGAUGAACUUUGUGCCUGUCCCAACAGCGAACGCGGGGGCUGGCAAUGGCGUCCCUGGGAAGGCGGUCGUCUAUGGGAGUGGUGACCGCCGAAGUGGGCGAGGAAGGAGUGUCGGAGACGAAAGGCGCGGGGGGGGGGGGGGGCCGUUUGCUGCUGCGAUGUCAAAUGGGCAGAAAGGCGGAGGGAUUCAGAUCCCGUUGCACCCCCGUAUUCCACCCCCUCUUCCAGGUCCAAUAGGGCAACCUUAUGCAAUUCCUGUAAGGGGGGGCGCGCAUUGUGGCUUGCCUGGUCCAAUUGGCCCGCAACCGGGAGCCCGCGGUUUUGCUAUGGGACGCGGUGCAGGUAUUUCAGCAUCGCAGCAGCAGGCGCAGCAGCAGGAGCAGCUGGAGCAGCAGCAGCGGCGGCAGGAGCAGAAAGCAAAUUUCCGUCUCGUGGGGUUAGGUGGCGAUGGAGCGAGUCAAGGGUUUGGCGGCCCGAUGACUCAGCAAGAGGUAAUGACACAGAACCAUUCGGUGCCAGGGCUGAGCCAGCCUUUGAGAGAAGGGUUUUCGGUGGGAGGAACCUCGCAGGAGAUUUUCAUUGGGGACGACUUCAAAUCGCAGGGCUCGCACAUUGCCUACUCUGGGCCUGAUUUUGUGUCAAUGCCUUCUCAGCAGGCUUACGGAGGCGUCGACGUCAUGUCGCCGACCACGCAGAACAUGUUUGGCGCCGAGUACGCAACCCAGUGCUGUCAGGGUGUGUUCCCCCACCAUCAGCAACAGCUUGUCUCAGAUGUUAUUUCUCAGGAUUUUAUUGCCCAUGCCUCCCAAGGCCCUUUCACGCAGGGUGGCUUCGGUGACAGGGGCCAAGAUGAGCAGACCAGUCAACCUUUCUUUGGCUUGUCUGGUCAAACUGCCUCUCAGGGUGGUGACUUGUCAGCGAUGUAUAUCCAGCACUUUGGGCAGUUCACACAGCCUCAUCUCGCUCACAGUCAGCCACAAACUCAACAACGUCUGAUGUCAGCUGUGCUGCAAGGGCAGCAUCAGCAGCAACAGCGAUCGGUGCAGUUCACGUGAAGGGAGCCGAAGUUGGGCGAGAGCUGUGAGCAUUAUGAAUAAGGAGGUCAUUCCUCUGUUGUAAUGCUGAUAUCUUUUCCGGAGCAUUGAGGGCUCCGCUGCCAAUGGGGAACAGAGACAGAGACAGAGACAGCGACGCACUGCAUUUUUCAGUCGUAUCUGGCUGGACUGCAAGCCUGGUCCAUUGUCCCAGUUCCUGCUGGCUUGCUGUGGGACAUCCUUAGCCUGGGAACGGAGCGAAGGUCCCACGUCUGUUGUCUGCCUCAGUCUCUACCACAGGCAGAACAUGUGGUACCUCUGCUCUGGACUGCAAGCCUGGUCGCUUGUCCCAGUUCCUGCUGGCUUGUUGUGGGGGGACAUCCUUACACCUGGCAACUGAGUUGGGGUUCUACAUCUGUUGCUCGCCUCAGUCUCAACCACAGGCAGCACAAGUGGUGCCUCCCUCUGCAUGUCUCCAGACUGUACAAGUGUUGAGCUCUUUGUACAUGGUACUUGUCCCAGUUCCUGCUGGCUUGCCUCGGGACAUCCUUACACCUGGCAACUGAGGGGGGGUUUUACUUCUGCUGUUUGCCUCAGUCUCUACCACAGGCAGGACACAAGUGGCACCUCCCUCUGCAUUUCUCCAGAUUGUACAAGUGUUGACCUCUUUGUACAAUGCAUCCAUAAUAUAUGCAUGGAGCGCUCACAUGUGUCACCAUGGGCGGCCUAUGUCUGUUUGCCUCUGCCUACGGCGGCCAGCACAGGUGGUAUCUCUGCAUGUCGCCAGACUUUGAAAGUAUUGAUGUCCAGUGCAUCCAGAUGCAUGGAUCAUUACCGUCUUCCCCCGAACAUAAGGCACGCUGAAAAUGAACGUAUACAAGCCGUCUUUCCGGUCCAAUGCAGUCAAAAUGAGGGUGCGUUGUGUUCGGGUGAAGACGGUAGCAAGACGUACCCGCAGCUGAAGACCUCUGGUAAUUGAACACAUCUGCAGUGGCUUUUGCAGCUUGUGUUGCCGUGGGAGAAGGGGACAAUGGUUUGCACAUGCACAGGAACGGGCGGGUCGUGACAAGUCGCUGGCGGCAGGGAGACAACAGAAUGUACGUUGGCUAUGGGAAUAGGUGUGUGACAACUCAGCGGCUGCAGGCACACAGUAAGAUAUACAUUGGCAAUGAGAAUUGGCGCAUCUUGCUGUGAUGCUGCAAGCUGAGUUUUGGAUGUUGGGCUCUCCUUCUGAGAGGCGGACGGUUUGUCUGGGAUCUUGGCGGGUAGAAGGCAACCCCUGGAGAACUCCCCUCCCUCCAGAGAAGGGCAUCAAGCAUGUGUCUGUGCCAAAAGGGGAAAGAAUGGAGGGGGGAAAGGGGGGAUGAGGGAGGGGGGGGUGAUGGUGAUUCACGGUGCCCUGUUUGAUCAGUGAACAGGAGUGGCCAAUGAAAGGAGGGCAUUGGCCUGCAGCUGCACCUUGCUUUGGUUGGAGAGGGUUUCGACAGUAUGGAUGAAUGGCAUUCAGUUCCUGCUCACUUUGGUCAGAGGGGGUCUCGUCAGUGAGACUUACUUGCCAACCCCUCUAUUCCGGAUCGGCAAUGGGGGCAAUGUAGCAGCCUGCUGCUUUGCACGGAUUUGGUGCCCGAAUUGUAUGAGCUUGAUCUGCUUUUUAGGGCGAUCUAAAGGGACAGGUGCGGAGGAAGGAGAUGCAGUGGCAGUUGCAGUGCGUGUGAGCUGCUGCAGUUUGCAGUUUUCUAUGUGCUGCUCUUGCUGCAUUCCCUAUUCAUCCAUAUUGAGGAGGAAGUUCAUGGUUGUACCGGCCCUUGAUGAGAGGUCAGUGGCUAAUAUCAUGAAUGCCUGGCCUUGCUGGGUAAGGGGUGAUCGUUGUGUUGUUCUGUCGACAUUACUUGCUAGAUUCGUUCGUGUGCUUAGUCCCACAGGGGCCAGAUGUACAAAGCAUGAGGAAGCUGUGUGAUCGGGCGCUGUGUCUGGAGGUGAUGCCGAACUCUCACAAGGGGGGCGCUCACAGCUUGUGUCUGGUGUGGCUGACGUGUCAACAGUGUGCUUUUCACAUACCCCAGGCCGAUUCUUUUGGACGGAGACCGACUCCUCUGCUCCUACGUGGCCAGAUGUAGUAACACAGGAUGAGGAAGCUGUGUGGUCGGGCGCUGUGAAACUCUCCAAGGGGGUAUGCGAUGCCAAACUCUCCAAAGGGGGUGCUCGCCGCUUGGUGUGUGGUCUGGCUGACGUGUCAAGAGUGUGCGUUUCACAUGCCCUGGGCUGAUUCUUUUGGAUGGAGAGUGAAUCCUGUGCUCCGACGUGGCCAAAUGUACGCAGGAUGCGGAAGCUGUGUGGUCGGGCAGUGUGUGUGGAGGCGAUGCCAAAUUUUCCAAGGGGGGUGCUCACGGCUUGGUGUGUGGUCUGGCUGACGUGUCAAGAGUGUGCUUUUCACAUGCCCUGGGCUGAUUCUUUUGGACGGAGAGUGACUCCUGUGCUCCUACGUGGCCAAAUGUACACAGGAUGAGGAAGCUCUGUGGUCGGGCGCUGUGUUUGGAGGCGAUGCCAAACUCUCAAAGGGGGGUGCUCGCUGCUUAGUGGGUCUCGCUGAUGCGUCAAGGAUGUGUUCUUCACAUGCCCUCUGCUCAUUCUUUCUGAAGGAGAGUGACUCUUGUGCUCCUACUUGUUACAUAUCUCCAAUGCAAGUGCCACACAAUGGGCCUCACUCCAGUACUCAACGUUCUACAUGCAUUUGGACGCUUUCUGGACCAGCUGCAUUCGGGUGCGUGCCACAUUUUGAAUGUAUUGGAUGGUCGUACGCAUCGAAGAGAUGGGGGCUCGGGAGGAUGACCAGUUUGCAAGACUGUUGCUGAGACAGUGGAGAGCAGAGUGCAAUAUCUGCAAAGCGCAGCGGUAGAGCGUAAUGGUCAAAGCCUGCCUGACUGUGAGACCUACAAGUCGAACAGAGACGAAAGCCGAACACUGUAUGGGUCAGAUGUCCCUUUCCUUCAAGAAAUAAAGGGCAAUCGGCAGUCAAUCCCCUCCCAUUGGGCUGGGCAAUCAAUGCUGUCGGGCCUG